GGAAUCUUCAACAACCUCUAGCGGAGUCGUUCAAAAAAUCCGUGCGAAUUUAGUCAGUUCGAAGAACUAAUACCGCUUUGGGUGUCUGUGAAUCGCGAAUGAGGAGAAGGCGAAUAUUUAACAAUUAUAACAUCGAAUACUUUGGAUUGUAACAUAACCUCAAUGUAAAAUGUCUAAACACAGGAAGGACAAAAGUUUGUCGAAACUUGAUAGCAUGGCAGAUGUCCGCGAUAUAUUAGACAUCGAGGUACCUACCACAAGUGAGCUCACGAAGGAAUCAAUUAUAGGUAGUGACAAGAAAAAUCGUAAAAAAUAUGAAUACAAAGUGCCGAAGAGACCGGAGGGCAUGCAUCGUGAAGUCUUUGCAUUGCUCUGUAAAGAUAAUACCGACGUACCUCCGCUAUUUCCAACGGAUACCGCAAAGGGAUAUAAACAAGUUAGAGCUAAACUUGGUAUGAAAAAAGUGAGACCAUGGAAGUGGACACCGUUUACUAAUCCCGCUAGGACAGAUGGUGCUGUUUUUCACCAUUGGAGACGAGUUGCAGAUGCUGGAAAGGAAUAUCCUUUUGCUAAAUUUAAUAAAAAGGUUCCUAUUCCAACAUAUACUAAUGCAGAAUAUGUUCAACAUUUGGUUACAAAUGGUUGGACAAGGGCAGAAACCGAUCACUUGUUUGAUUUGUGUAGGAGGUUCGAUCUAAGGUUUAUCAUAAUCAAAGACAGGUGGGAUUGUACAAAGUUCCCUACAAGAUCCGUAGAGGACUUAAAAGAAAGGUAUUAUCAAGUGUGUGCAGCUUUAACAAGGACAAAGUCUCACAAUGACAAGGUUUAUGUGUUUGAUGCUGAACACGAAAAACGCAGGAAAGAACAGUUAAAAAAAUUGUUUGAAAGGACACCGGAACAAGUAGAAGAGGAACAAAUGCUAUUAUCUGAGUUGAGAAAAAUCGAACAAAGGAAGAAGGAAAGGGAUAGAAAGACUCAAGAUUUGCAAAAAUUAAUAACAGCUGCUGAUCACCAAGCUGAUCCAAGGAAGAAUGAAAGAAAACCUGCAAAGAAGAGCGGAGCUUCUGCUCGAAGUAGACCAAACAAAGCUGAUACCUCUCAUACAGUAGAAUCCGCUGGAAUUAAGUUUCCAGAUUUCAAAAAUAGCGGUGUUUCCCUCCGUUCUCAGCGAAUAAAAUUGCCGAGUAGCUUAGGUCAAAAGAAAAUGAAGGGUAUCGAACAAAUGCUUAAUGAACUUCGUAUAGAGUUAAAUCCACCACCCACGGAGCAAAUAUGUCAACAAUUUAACGAAUUAAGGAGCGAUAUCGUUUUACACUAUGAACUUCGAAGCGCGUUAUCGACGUGCGAUUACGAGUUGCAAUCAUUGAGGCACCAAUACGAAGCUUUAGCACCAGGGAAGACAUUAACGAUACCACCUGCCUUGUUACCGAAAAGCGAGCCGGAAGUUAAAGCAGACAUAAUAGAUGUGGUGGGUUCACCCAGUAUGCCAUCUGUUACUCACUAAUUUCUAUAAUAGCUUAGAAAGAUAAAAACUGUAAAUAAUUUCUUGUACGUUGAAAUGCGAUAUUCAAAUUAUCGAGUACGCUUAAUUGAUGUUUCUCUCUUUGUAUUAUUUCUUUUUACUCUUUAUUAGAAACGAUUAAAAGUAAUUUAAGAGAAAUGGCAAAAUUGAAUUAUCUUCCUCUUCCAUAAUGUCAUCACCAUAAAAUGUAUCGAACGAAGAAUGAAAUAACUGGAACAAAGCGUUAAUUACUUAUAUAUCUGUGUAUUUUAUAUUGUCGACAAAAAGUAACAAUGUACGGUCAAACCGUAUAAUUUAUCUACAACAAUCUACAAUAGAUUACAAUAUGUUAUCUUGUUUUUGUUGAGGGUUAGAGGGAGGCAGGAAUAUUAGAAUAACGGGAACUGGGUUUUUUUUUGGAAGGAACGGGAAAUCGGGUUAAAAGUGUGGAGGAAAGAUGGUCGAUGCAGGCCUUUCUUCGUUCGUGCUCCGUUAAUCGCGAUACAGUUGACUGUUUUAAUUCUAUAUUAAAUUACUCGAUAGCUCUAGCCGUACUUGGUACGGAAUAAUGCAUAUAUAUCUGAUUCUUAAUGAUCGAUAACCCACCGCCCGACUUUUCCAUCUACGCCGUGCCGUGAGGACUCUCUCGGUCAAAGUUAAGUAUAAGGAAAAACUGGUCACAACGCUAGCUAACAUCGUUGACCCGCAUAUCCGAUUCAUUGUUCGCGGAUCGUGCAUCCUCUCGUCUCUUUUUCAACUUCUUAUGCCAUAUGCUGACGUUUCGAUCGCAAUUAUCCCGAUAGCACGAUAUUUUUUAAUUUUUAAGACUAAUACUUUAGGACGAAAAAAUAAAAAUAUCCAAGAAAAUAUCUUAGACUGGAAUGUCAUACUCGAUUAGCUCUAUUAAACAAAAUAAUGGAAUACUUUUUCUAGUUUUUCAUCGUCCAAUUUGUAAAUGGAAAAAACCUGAAACACGAAUCGUAGAUAGAUACAAAGUACAAAGUGUUAAAUAUUUUUCAAUAAGCAAGGGAAGUGAUAUAAUCGUAGCGAUGGAACAAGAGAAAGCAACUUUAAGAACUUGAAAAGUGAUUUCAAAGGAACUUUCCUAAAGAUAUGUAUGUACAUUCUACAUGCACCUUUGCGUGAUGGCAUUCUCUAGAGAAAUACAUACAUACUUUUAUAGGCUGACGUCUCAAACGAACAGAAUAACGAAACAUCGAGUAUGCAUUUCGGUAAUCGUUUCGUCUUUGAACGCAAAAUGAGACAACUAACAUACUCUAACUUUUUGUAAUUUCAUUUUAAACGAAAAAAUCUUUAAUUUCAAGAGGGUGGCAACGAAACGGAAUGAUGAACGAUUGAACGCGUCAACCUAUCCCGAUGGCAUCUUCAAUCGCAUUUUCAUUUUCUCAUAUUUCGGCCGGUUUGUUAAUCGACUUGUAGAUUUUUCUGUUGUGACGAGAAAAGCACGAUCAUUGGCUGUGGCAUAGCAAGUGGGUCGGCUGGAAAGAGGGGAAAAAAGUUGAGCCACGAAUAAAGGAACACCGCGGCUGGCAAAACACGCGUAAUACGUGUCUAUAUGUAUAUACACACUGAUAUACAUGUAUACAUAUAUACACAUAUCUGUAGCAAUAAUAGUAAUAAUUAUAAUAAUCGUAGUGAUAAUAAUAAUAACAAUAAUAAUGAAUACGAACAACUUGUAAUGUACAGAGUAUAUGCGUACAUUCCUCAACGAAAGUUCCCUUCGCCUUUUCUCUCGUGUCACGUAUUCCUUUCUUCCUUUCCUCUUUUCUCUAUUUUUUCUCUGCUUCUUCCUUUUCUUUUCUUUCUUUCUUUCUUUCUUUCUUUCUUUCUUUCUUUCUUUCUUUCUUUCUUUUUUUUCCGACACAACACGGAAUCGUCUACAGGAUUAUUGAUUCGACAACGUUCGAGCGAUCCUGCAACUGACCGGAGAAGAGAUUUGUCUCGUUAUUAUCUUUUUUUUUUCUUUUUUGAGUUACUUUUGCUGCUUCGUUUUUUUUUUCUUUUUUUUUGCUUCUUAUAACAUGUAACAUGAGAAAUCGUAUCUUAUUCGUUAAAGACAUUCCCUACACAACACGGCUACGGUAAUGCGUCAUGGAUAUGUGCGCAAGUGCGUGUGAAGUAGAAUGGAGGGAGACACAGAAAGACAGGAAGAGAAAGGAUGAAGGGAAGGGGGAGAAGGGAUAGAUGGAUGGAUAGAUGGAUGGAUGGAUGGAUGGAUGGACAGAUGAGGGUGAAGGGGCAGAGAGGGGGGAUAGAUGGAUGUGAGAGUUGAGGAAGGAGAGAGAGGCUGCAGAGGAGGGUGGUUGGUUGGGCAGGAGGUGGGAAUCGGGUGGAUUCGGGGUUGUCGAGUGUCCGCACGUACGCGCGCGUACGCACGUGCGCACAUAGGCACACGUUCUUUAAAGUUUAUAUGUAUAGACUUCUGUAUAUAAUGUUAAUCAUUGAUUUUUUUGUUUUCUUCUGUUGGUUGUUGGUUGCUUUCAAGUAAGCAGCUUUCUCGAGUAUGUAUAUAUAUACACAUAGGUAUAUGUACAAUACAUAUAUAUGUGAAUAUAUAUAUAGUUGCUAUUACGUAAUAAUAACAUGUACGCUCGUCAAUUGCAUCAAAUUUUCUCCUCUCUUUUUCUCUCGUCUCAUUCGCAUCUCUUUCUCUCCUUCUUUCUUUCUUUCUUUCUCUUUCUCUAACACACACUCGUACAUCGUUCAUACGCGUUUACUCUCAGUUCCAUUACACUCUCGCACUCGUUCUCCCUCUCAUUCGCUUCGGCUUGCCUAUAAUUUCCUACCUGUAUUGUAUAUAACUACAACGCUAUGGUAGACAACAACAAGUAAUAUUAUCCUAAACUUGUUUUCACUUGUUUUCUCUACAUCGUAUUCGUAUAUGCCGUAAAAAUGUUGUAUAUAAUGAUAUUAAUAUUGUUUACAUAUUCUGUUUUAUUGCACGCGUUAUCGGUCGCGAUAGCACCGACACGUCGAACGAAAGUCGAGCAUCCGAUCGAUCGUUGAUUCGGCCGAUCACCAAUUUUCGUUAACGAUCACCGCACGACGUUUAAUUAAAAUCCCCCGGCGAACUGUAACAGACUCCAAGAUUUCGAUAUUUCGAAUAAAAGAACAAAUCGUGCAAUUUCGAUUGUAAUCGACGAGAUAACGUGAAGUAUGUUUUUACGAUCGAACAAGACAGAAGAAAGGAAAACGUUGUAAUCGGCUACGUUCAAUUACCGAUCCUAAAUGUUCGUUCGCUAUCGGUUCUACCGCGACAUUUCUCUUUAACAUCAGCCUGUUAUAUUUUCAUUUAUUUAUUUAUCUUCCUGCGAGAUAUUCACUGUACUGAUUUUUUUUCCUUUUUUUUCUUUUUUUUAUCUUGCAUGUAAUAUCCUCGUUAACGUUCAACUCGCACGCGAUCAGCGAUUUCUCUAGAUAUAAGCCGAAAAUCAUCCUGCGUGAGGUGUAAAUAAUAUGGUCGUUGGUGCAGCAUUUGUCUUGUCUCCGUUGAGAAUAUUCUCGUACCGGUAUCCGUACGAAAUUACAUCGUGACUGAGACAAACGAAAAGCGUGGUCGUCUAUCGAGAAGAUCGAUUUGCCGUUUACAUAUUUGACAGGUAUCACAAAAAUCGUCAAAUCGAACGCUUAUCGAGACCUCGUUGUUUCCCGAUCAAAUUGCACGUGCACGCUGCAAUCCGUAGUAAAAUUCAUAUUUAUAUUUAUACAUAUGUGUAUAUUUGUGUAUGUGUGGUGUGUUGUACGUGUACGUCUGUGUAUAUGUGAAAGUGUAUAUAAUAUAUAUAUAUACAUACAUACAUAUAUAUGCUUGUGUGCGUGUGUAUGUGUAUAUAUAUACACGUAUAUAUAGAUACAUCUACAUAUACAUAUACAUGUAUAUAUACGUACUAGGCUGGUUUCGUCUAAUCGCACGUAUCCUAAAUAUCCGCGAAAAACAGAAAAUCGACCUUUGUACGUUCCAAUUUAACCCUAGUACUGUCGUCAUUCUCCAACUCCACGCUUUUCCUUUAGAAAAAUUUCUUUUCCUUCUAAUUCUCUACGUCGUCGUUUGUACGAUAAAAACAAUAGAUAAACGUUGAUAUAACAAUCGGUGAAUAGUAAUUUAACAAUGUAGCUUUGAAAUUAUUCUACGGUCGUGUCGCUAGAACGAUAGUUUCGUAAAAAUAUUCUGUUUACCACCCAUAGAUCGAGUAACGGAGAAAUAAGUUUAGAUCGUUGAUCUAACGGCCCUUCUGUUCCCGAAGCGCAGAGUAUCGCGACACGAUCUUUUCAUCUACUCGCAUCGUAUCGGGGAAGCGAUCAAGAUCCACUCACCGAUGUAAAAGGUGUGUAAUUUGGAAGGGAACGAUCGCGGGGAUAUAUGGCGCGCGUGGAGCGAAUACUCAAGGGCAGAGAAAGGGUUAAGAGAAGAGCGACAAUUAUCAAAUAUAUCCGUACGCACGAGCGAAAGAAAGCGUUGCCGUAAUAAAAUCAUCCUAUCCUCGGACUCUCUCAUCCCGACGUAUACAACGUUAGACCUUUACAUAUUUAUAUGCGCCUUUAUGUAUAUAAGUAUGUAGAUAAUAUAUGUAUAUAAUGUAUAAUAGUAUAAUUAUUUAUAAUAUUUUGUUACUUUAUCCAUUUUCAUCUAAGAUUCUGCGGUAACCUAGGUUUCUCUCGUCAUCCGUUUACCUCGUAAAAUCCGAAGUACUUUUUCUCAAUUACGUCGUAUCCAGUACGUCUACUACUGCGGCGAUGGACGGGGGUAAAACCCUAUGUAAUGCGACGAAUUCAACAACGACAAUCAUAAAAUAUAUAUAUAUAUGUAUAUACGUAUAUAUAUAUGUAAAUAUAUGUAUAUAUAUAUAUAUAUACGUGUGCUUUGUAUAUAAUAUACGUGAAAAGAAAAAUCGGAACGAACGAUAUCACACGUAUAUGUAUAUAUUUAUAUAUAUGUGUGUGUGUCGUGCGUACACGCGCACGCGCGCGCGCACGUUGCAAGCGAGCACCUGUAUUGUUGCGUGUAACUAAUCGUAAGAGAACGUAUAGCGUACGCCGAAGAUCGAUAAUUAACUGGCAUCUUUCACGCGUGCAACUUUCGCACGCGCGCACACACGUCUUAUAGUAUACCUAGUGCGAUGUGCGUGUGUGGGUGUGUGCGCGCGCCCGCGCCCGCCACUGCGUGUCCAACAACGAUCUGCAAUCUGCAUGCGAUCGAAUCGUUCGACAGGCUGGAUCACCACCCGAAAACAGUACAUGUAUAUAUAAUAUCUAUAUGUAUAUACAUAUAGAUGUGUACCUAUAUGUGUAUACGAUAUAUAUACUAUAUGUACUGUAUAUAUAUAUAUACUAUAUAUAUACAUAUAAUACGUAUUUAAUAAUAUAAUCUUUAAUCAUAUAUAGAAACUUUGUAACACCUUUAUCCUUUUCCUUUUUUUCUUUUUUAACUUUUCCCUAAGUAUCUUACAAUAUAAGUAUCUAAUAAUAUCGCUAAGUAUUUAGUUACUUUAUUAAAUCGUCAGCGUCUCCUUCUCUUUGAUAUGUGCGUUCGCGCCUUGUCAUUGCCAAGAGAAUGUAUUUUUAAGCCUUUGUAAGCGGAAUUUCUGUUCUCUUCUGUUCGGUUUUCUUCCACAACCCCUCCCCUCUCCUCCCCACCUUCUGUCCAUCACUCUCUUUCACUCACUCACACCCCUAUCUACAUACAUUCAAGCUCACAAUUAUUUUUCUCGUUCUCUCGUGCGUUCUGGUACGCGCUCGCGCUCUUACUCCCGAUCCUUCUCUUCCUCAUUUUCUCCCCGUCUCCUUUCCUUCUUUUAAAUAAACCAUAUAACGACAAUUAAAGCUACGUUAUCGGAAUGGAAAACAAUAUUUUCGAUACGACCGUACGUCAUACAGAGGGAAAGAAGUUUGUCCUCUCGUAUCGCGAAGGAUGCAAACCGUUCGACAGGUUUACGGUCAUUCGGCUCUAUCGUCACGGCAUUGCGUUUUGCUCGAAAGUGUUUCGCGUGUCACGUCCGAAUUCCCUCGAUUCACAUUGGUACUCCGUUUGUGUUAUUUGACGAAGAGCGACUGUCCCCGUCUCGUUAUUUGCGGAUGCUCGAAGAAUCGCGACACGAGAAUAGAAUAAAAAUUUCUCGAACGAACGACCCUGAUCCCGUGAUACGAAUUACACAACGGUUGUGUAAAGAAUCAACCAACGGAGUUUGACGCGCGCAUAUUUUUUUUCUUUUUUUAUCGCUGCCGUAUUUAGAAUACAAUAACGAAAAGAGACGAGAGCGAAAGGAAAAAGAAAAAGAAAUUAGGGCAACCGCGAUGACGAUCGCGUUGAAAAGAAAGUGGGUCGUAAAAUAUACUUCGAUAAGAUCCUUCCUUCCUCGUUCUCCUGUUUCCAUCGGUCGAACAAAAGGAACCUUUUCCAUCGGCUUAGAUCUACAUGCGUCCCGAACACGGCGAAAGAAAACGAAGGAAUUUACUCUUGAACCAUGAACACAAUUCGCAACACACGGUUUCGGUCAACACUGGCACCGGUAGCAUUCGUGUACCGACGUCUUCGACAACGCAAGAUUCGACUUGAACGAUCGCUCUUACAUACGCGUAUUUGUUUCUUUUUUUGUUCCUUUUUUAUUUUCUCUUUUAAUAUAUAAAAAUGAAUCUCGAGCCGUUAAAUAUGGGAUCGGCCGCAACGAUGUGUGUCCCGUUACGUCUCACGGCGAGACGCGCGUCGAAAAUUCAAAGAUUAGAAUUGAAACUCGAUGUCCCCUUUCAACCCUCAACGAUGUUUAUCCUAAAGUAUUAUAAAGUACAAAUUACGAGCGCGAUAAUACCCCGAGCUUCGAGCAUUUCGCCCGUUCGACCUUCGCCUUAUCACGCGAUUUCCCGUUCAUCCGUUUUCGUUUCAACGAGAACAACCUAACGAACUCUCUAUUUAUCGUUACCCUCUUUUCUCUUUAAGGGCACGAAUACGUUAAACUACGUUGCGUUCCGUUUUGUACAGGAUUUCGAUUCGGGACGAGAAAUUUCCGCGAAAAGAACGUACGGAGUUUCGUUACCCAUCCGGACGAUUCGCUUUCACAUUUCUCGUCGUUGAAUCCAGGAAGAACAUUUGUUUCGUAGAGACGAUGCUCGGCUUUCUUUGUCAAUCGUUCGUUCUCUGUCGUUGAUCGAAUGCAAGAGGAAUUCGUACGAGAGGAAGGCCGGAAGCUCGAGGAAUUGCGUUACUUCGUUCGCGGCCUCGGCCACACCCGUGCUCGACGCAGGUCGGAUCGCUUCUGCGACGAUCAAACGUCGCCAGCGUUGAACCUGUUGGUUGCGUGUGAUUUUUCUAUGUUUCGACGAGCUUUUGUAUAAUAAUAAUAAUCGAUCGUUACGGUAUCAGUACGCGCUACGAUAACAAAUGUUUGAUUGAAAACGUUUAUAAUAAUCGAAGCUACACGGAAUCUCUCUCUCUCUCUCUCUCUCUCUUUCACAUACACACUCUUUCAUUCUCUUCCUCGGCGUGGUACUAAAAAUGCUAAAUUGCAAAAAAGAGGCGCCGCCGUUUGUUUCUCUUCUUUCCAUAUGUCUCUGUACGUGUCUUCGCGUAUAUGUGUAUAUGUGUGCGUGCGCGCGUGUGUGUGUGUGCUUGUCCUGUGUAUGUCCGUGUACGCAUGUGUGUGUAUGUACAUUUUCUGGUAUCCUUUAAUCGUUUUGUUAAUCGGUGAUCGGUACUUCGGGAAGAUCGUAUUGUGCAUCUUUCGCUACUUGCUUCUUGUAAUCGUUUACGAAACUAUUAAGAAACGCUACGUCCUACCAGCUACUUCGCGCUAAAGGUUCCUCUCCUGCUUUCGUCGUUAUAUUUACGCGCUUGUUAUGUCAAAUCGUCUCGUGAGAAGCCGCUGCAUUCACUUUCUCAUUGUCCUUCCCGUACCUUUCGUUCGGACGCUUCGAGAACGCUUCGCCUUUUCCCGUUUGAUCCUGCGAUUUUCUCGAUGGAAACUGGCACGAUCGAGAGCCCACUUUCGAAAGAACGAUCCGCGGAUGCGAGAGGAUCGAUGAAAGCCACCCAGCGUUUGGCGAGCAUGUGCGUGACGAACGCCUAGUCCGUUCGUUUCUCGACAGACUACGAAACUUCCUCGUUGAAGUAGUAUCGGUAGACGAUAAGGCGAACACGGCUGACAAUUAGACGCGACGCAGCGUAAUAACCACGUGACGAUCGGCGAUCGCAUCUAUUCCGAUAGAACGUUCCUCUUCUUUCUUCGAGCUAUCGCCAAGUCGGUCCUCGAGAACGCGUUACCACGGCCGAUCGCCACGGAUCAACGUAGAAUUAUCGUAAUAGUAGUAGAAGCGUAAGAUUAGUUCGAUGCUAGAAGAUGUAAAAGUCGGUGAAACGCGAGAGUCAAACAGCACCCGGCUACGGACGUUUUUCGUAAGAGUCCCGUAGCGAAGAGCGAGAACGAGAUAUUAACGAGAUGUAGCAGCGGCUAAAGAGUAGAACAACUACGAUUCGUGGGUACGGUGAACGCGCCGUAAACACGAGCUCGCUUCUUAGAGCGUAAAGCUGCUUGAACCGUGAACCGCGAUGGUUCCUCCUCUUAGUUUCGAUAGUCGAGAGUAUACAAAAGUGUGACAACGUUUGAAGUAUGCGCGAAGUGAAUUCUCGUUUAAUUUCGUUACCGAAUCGGUUAGGUUCGCUUGUCAUUUUCUACUCCGUUUCUUCUCCGGUUCACCGUGAUUUCUGGUCUCUCCUCGUUACGAUUUGAUUCUCUGCAUCCGUAAACAGCAUUUUGCGUUGUGCGAGUAUUUCUUUUUUUUUUGUGUGUUUUUUUUUUCUUUUCUUCUUUAGUAAAAAGCUAGGCCGCUGUUAGGCGUUCAGGCGGUUCCGGAUAUAUACGUCGUUCCUUUUAAUCCUCUCGUCGAACCGCAGUCGCGCUGCGAUUUCGCCUUCUCCGCUUUCAGUAUCCUUAUCUUAGUCGAUAUCACGUUUAUACCUAUUUGUUUAUAAUCUACGCGCUCGAAACGUACGUAGCGUGACAUCGAAAACUCGAAAGAAUGUCAGCGAAAGAUAGCUUAGUGAGAGUCGCUUUCGAUCCGGGAUCACGGAACCACGCUCUUUUCCCUCCUUUUUCCUUUAAGUAACCAAAAAGUCUCUUUUUCGUUUUUGCCUCGAGCGUUUCACUCUUCUAUUUGCCCCGUGAUCUCCGGUAUUGGAGGUUCGUUAGCGUUACUCUUCUACAGAGAAAGAACGGCGUGCAGCGACUCGAUCGUAAACUGAAUACCAUCAAGAGAGAGGUGCAGAGCAAGCGUCGCGGGUGUUCGUUUCGAAUGACGUUCGAGUCGACUGCACGACGACUCCCCUCGAAGACUGCGUUUCGUCAGUUUCGCUACGCGUUUAGGAAGAUUCGACCUCUUCUCGUGUCUCUUACGUAGAUUAGUUGAAUAGCUAUUAAUCGAAGUUAAAAACAGGCACGCCGGAAACCGGAGGCGCGUGUUCUACCGGUAAAAUCGUUGCUGAAACGAGGGUGGUCUUUUUUCGAUUUCAACGUCGGCGAUUCUUUUCAAAUACCGAAGAUAUUCUUACACUUGUAGAAUAAUUAGAAGAGAGAUAAUCAAUUUUCUAUGGUCGAAACGAUCGAUCGAUCCACCGUCGUUUCGGCGAUUCGCGAUCCGAAUCGGCGCUUCCGUUCUCUGCGUACAACGUUAGAGCGCUGACGAUCGGCGGAUUCGUUUUCGGUCAAUGAAAACGCGACGCGUGGCCGAUCGAUUGAAGGCGAGCCGGAGUUCGCCGCGUUUCGUCAUGGUUCCGACCCUCGCGCGCCGUCUCUUUCCUCCCACGGCUACUGUUUUCGUUCGCGAGACAAUGUAAUUUCGCGGAGCCGUACGCGGAAAAAACGGCCUCGGGGGAUAGCGUUAGGCGGAACAAUGGUAUCGAGCAAGCACAACGCGGAUCGAACGGCUUUGCGAGUUUCGAGCGAUUAAUCGAGGUGACACGCUGCUGGCCAAUUAGCCGGAACGUUUGUCACUCGCAUGUUUUGUCCCUGAAUGAAUUUUUCGCAACGUUGUUCCGAUAGUUGCCUUGUUCUUCGCGCGUGACUAAAAAUACACGGCGAAAGGGGAACGUUGCCUAACGCUAUCGCGUGUAACGAAUUCGAAAACGAAGCGUCGAGCGUCGGAAGCGCGUCCGUGCAGAUUUUACGAACACGACAGAGUAGAUUUGGCUAGAUCCUACGGUUAUAGACGAAAAGAAAGUGUUGCACUUUAUAGAGAGAAAUCAGCGAGCCGUCAGGCCGUCCACUGUGCAACGAGAGAUCGUCGAUCGCUUACUCGGCGGAUGAAAUCGCGUCAACCGGUUUUAGAUCGCGAUCGGGAACUAGCGGCACGAAUCGUGGAUUCGUUCGAUCGAUAUAUUUUACUUUACACGGUGUCGAAUUCAUUGUUUCCAUCGUGAAACAAUUUGGCAGUACGACUAACGCCACUUGACGAGUCGCGUAUCAAAGCGAAAACAUCGACGUAUCGGAUGCCUUCUGCCGCGGGUAAACCGGUAGCUCUAAACUCGGUCGUGCGUUCGACGAUCCUCGAGAGAAAUCGCGUUGGAAAACGGCGUUUCGUCGAGCUUCGAGCGUGCGAGAGUCUAACGAGUGGCUUCGACGGGCGAGUUGUUCGAAUCGAGACGCUACAUCUAGGAUAAGUAUCGUGGGAAGAAACAACGUGGUAUAAAAGCAGUAGAAUAGGAGUAGAAGUAACAAGGAGUAGAAUUACGGAGAAGAGAUAAAAGAAGAAAAAGAAGG